AUGGGAGACGAGGUUACAGAGAAGAUAGAGAAGGAGGUGAAAGAUCUCCAGGGCGUUCUUAAGGAGCAGCUAAAGACACAAAGGGAUCUUGGAGACCUUGAGACAAAUUUGAAAUCCGAAACGUUCACGCUAGAAAAGACGACUGAGGAGCACAAGGCUGCUACUGAAGAAGCUAAGAAGAAGCUGUUCUGGAAGAACUUCAAAUAUUUCCUUAUUGCAGGGAUAAUAGUAGUGUUGAUUCUAUUUGGGAUUUUUGGAAACAUUUUCAAGGGGUGA